AUGAACCAGAGCAGUGCAGAAAUUAAAUGUAAAGACCAGAUGAGAACAAUAUAUUUGUAUGAGGAAGCAAAGCAAGAAGAUUGGGAAGAAUAUGCUAAAGAGUUUCAAGCUCAAUUAGAAUGGAAAAAAGCACUGAAGCAAUUAAAAAAAGAUA